CACAGAGCUCUUCCUGUGACAAAAACGACUGCAUUGUCCGAUUGAGACCAGUAUGGUAUUCUCCAACAGACAAUGAAGGAUAUACGACACCUUUCUACGUAUAUUACUGAAAGAUAUAUUCGGUUUUAAACUAUAUAAACCAGCGAAAUAGAGAGAGUACGGCAGCUAAGAAAACAUGUUCCCGCGAGACUUUGCGUGGGGAGCGGCAACAUCUGCGUACCAAAUAGAAGGUGGAUGGCAAACUGAUGGAAAGGGACCAAGCAUUUGGGACACAUUUUGUCAUGAAAAAGGUCGAGUUUUUGGAAAUCAAAAUGGAGAUGUGGCCUGUAACAGCUAUGAGCUGUGGGAGAAAGACCUGGAAUGCAUCCAACAGCUUGGCCUGACGCACUAUCGCCUGUCUCUGUCUUGGGCACGCCUCCUGCCUGAUGGGACAACGCGAAAUGUCAACCAGAGAGGUGUGCAGUACUAUAACAGAGUGAUAGAUGACUUGCUGGCAUGCAAUAUAUCCCCAAUGGUCACUCUGUACCACUUUGACCUGCCCCAAGCAAUUCAAGACCUUGGAGGAUGGAAAUCACCUGGUAUAGCAACUCUCUUCGAUAACUACGCCAAGUUUUGCUUCCAGACGUUUGGGGAUCGGGUCAAACUCUGGAUCACCAUCAAUGAGCCACAAGUUUGUGCCAAACUAGGUCACGAAGUUGGUAUCCAUGCCCCGGGGCUGAAAGAAAAAGGCACCGCUGCUUACCUGGUGGGGCACAACAUGCUGCGAGCUCACGCCAUGGCUUGGCACAGCUACAACUCCACGUACAGGAUAACACAGAAUGGUGCAGUGUCUUUGGCCCUCAACAGCGACUGGCUUGAGCCUUUAGAGCCAGGUUGUAGUGAGGACGUCACCUCUGCUGAACGUGACCUCAUCUUCACUCUGGGGUGGUUUGCCUGGCCUGUGUUUGUUACCGGAGAUUAUCCAGAAUUGAUGAGAUUUUCCAUAGAAACUCAGUCCAAGAUGAUGGGAUACAGUGAUGACUUGAGGCUCCCCAGGUUUUCAAUCGAUGACCCUCCCAUUUUAGGAACUGCUGACUUCUUUGCACUGAACUAUUACACAUCCCGGAAGGUCAAGUCAGGCGGAUGCAACGAUCAGAUGUUGAGUAUGAAGAGGGACUUGGAUGCAGAAGAGAUUUUAGAUCCAUCCUGGCCCAUUUGUGGGGUGUCAUGGUUGGCUGUUGUCCCAAAUGGCUUAAGGAAACUUCUUAAAUAUAUAAAGGAUGUCUUCAACAACCCGACAAUCUACAUUACGGAGAAUGGUUUCGCUCAGGUCGGCCGGCUGCAAAUUGAGGAUGUUGAACGAUGCAAGUUUUACAAAAGCACCAUUUUGGAAGUGGCUAAAGCUGGAGGCCAUUUUCCUCGCAUCCUGAAUUUGUGCCCCCACCACUAACAGCACAUUAUACAAGUGGAUAAACGCCUUACAGUGGCACAGCCGACACUUCGGAGCGCUGUCGCCACUUCCUGCAGUGGUGUAAGAAGCAUGACAUUGGAGUUAUAAGAAGAUGCUGUGGGAGAGAGACCUUUUCGUGAUUGAUGGAUUUUGGUGGCAGAGACAAAACUGAGGGGGGGUUUAAAGCUACCAGGCCUCGAAGACCUAAUGCCAGUCCCAUACUGAGAGCCUUGUAGAAGCAGAGAGAAUAAACAGAAAGGAAGACAAUUUAAGUCCUUUGUUUUAAGUCCCCUCCCUCAGGGAGAGCAGAUGACCCUGCUAAUGACUGUCAAAACUCCCAACUCCCUUGAGUGUGAUGGUGCUGCGCUGUGGGAGGGGGUUCACAGACCUGCCUGAAAAAUUGAAAGCUCCUGGAAUAUUCAGCCCUCCUUGGGCGCUCCGCUGGGGGUGCAGAUUCAGAGAUUGGUAUUCUGGGUGGGAAAUGUGCAUGGAGGGUAAACUCAGCAGUGAUAGCGAUGGAGAACCCCCCCUCUGAGCGGUGUGUGUGUGUGUGUGUGUGUGUUGUGGUGACCAUUCAUCCUAAUGCUGUGUAUCAUGGGAAAACUUCAGGAGCGUAUAUGCGUGCAAAAGCAGGGAAGCAACUUUAUAAAACCUUUAGAGCUGAGGUGACCAUACCUAUUAGAUUGGAUGGUUAACAGAUUUGGACGCAAGCAGAGAGACUCAUGGCGUGGACAUACCUCCAUGCUCCCAAAACCCAAACAGAGAAAAUCAUCAAUAAAGACUAAAAUUUUCAUAAAUUUAAGAAAAUACCCAAUCUGUAUUUUAAAGCCGUUAAACUGUCACUAUGUCGUUAAAACGCUCACUACGUUGUGACAUUAUGUAAGACAGAUAAGCUGUGAAAAAUUCAGUCACCUCUGCUUCCUCCUUGUGGUCCUGCAGCCAUCUGCAGAAAUAACUUAAUGUUACAGGAAAUCUGUCCAUUUCUGGAGUUCUGGAGUGUAGGGAAAGAUGUAGUGCAGUAGAGAGCAUCCAGGAGGGACCUGUAAGGUGUGCUUGUUCAAGUUUUCAGUUUUCUCACAAGUCCCAUUCAAUUUUUGUCCUGGGUUCCAUUUACAUCCCUCUUCUCUUCAGCUCACUCAUGUUUUCUGUAGGAUGGAUUUCUGGGUAAUUUGAGUUUGGUGAGACAUUUGGCAAUAUGCUUUGGAUCAUUAUCCACUCACUUAUUUAAAAUAUUCUGGUCCUUCAAAAAGGUAGUUAAGCCAUUUUCUCCAAAGUCAGAAACUUUGCUAGAGAAACAGGCCCAUAGCAUCACAUAUCUUUUACUUCACUUGAAAUUUGGCACCUUUUCCCAAAUGUUUAUUUGUUUCAUGCCAGAUUCACAUGGGGUGUUUGUUGCUGAAAAAUCUGAUUCAUAGUAAAAUCUCAUCAAUGUACACAUUAAAUUGAUGAGUAAAAUAAAAAUGUACCCCCUCCCUCCACCCUAAAGCAUGCCUCCUGAUCAACCAGUGUUUUUCCCAUUUUGAAGAGUGGUUAAAAGUAAAAUCUGUGUCACACGAUUUUAGUUUUACUGGAGAAACAGGAAGUACUGGGAAUGGCUAUAAACUUAAAGAAUCAUUAAAGAAAUACCUCAAGAUGAGAUUAUUUUCCUGCAAAAAACAAUGCAUUUACCUAAAGGCCUUUCACAUUACAAGGAGGGCUCAUCAUUGUGGCGAAUUUAGCCUGUUCUUGAAACAAGCUAAUUUUUAAAGUCCCCCUCAAACAACAAGUGGUUCCUUUGAAAAAAAAAAAUGCUUCAAGUUAAGGCCAUUUGAAGAGGAUGAGCUUAGAGUAGCGGCAUGGGAGAGGGAACAACAGAGUGUGUGGACUAAUUAACUCAAAGUGUUGUAAGACAUGCUCCUUUCUCACCCGUGUUGUCACUCAGGGUGUGAGUGGCACUAAUGAGAGAAUUAUCUAGACUCAGAAGCUGGUAACGCAUUCAAAUGAACGCUGGCCGACCUGACCUGUAAGAUUGGCUUUUUAAUCUUACCACUUAAUACCAAUCAGACCUGAUUUCUCAUGUGCCCACCCUGGGAGAACCCCUUGCUCCAAGCGUCACUAUCCACUUGCUUCCCCGCCCCACUGUUGAUCUUAGGUGGUGUUAAUUGUCUUGGAUUACUUCAGGGCUUCUGUUGAUAAUGUGCAGAGAAUCUCAGGUGUGCAGGACGGGGCUUCUGAAGUCUAUGAAUGCUUCUAUGUGUGGUUCAAAGUCCCUUAUCAUGAAAACUCAGCUGAGGAUUAAGAAGGUUAAUAAGGUCACGGGGGCUGCAACAAAAGUCUGCGACGUACAAUAGUGUUUUGGAAUUGUUAAAUUAGCAUAAUCAUCAUCCGCUGGUGUUCAAACACAAGACCGACCUGCUGCACUCAGUCAGAGCCAUACAAACAAGCCGCAGGGGGUGGGUUGGGGGAAAAUUUGAUAAUUACCUGCUGGUAUCACUGAUUUAAGCAUUCAUACUCAACCAAAUAAGCCUGCGUUUCUAAUUGGAUCAAGGUAUUUUCAGUUUUGUUGUGAUGAUGUUUCUCAGCCAGACAGCACUGCACUAGUGGGAGACAUUAGCAGUAAAGCUUUUCACGUCUAAAGGCUGCACCUAUUUUCUUGUGUUUUGCCAAGUGCUUCAGGUAACAAAUAGCAGAUCAGCUCCAGUUCAAGGGAACGUAUGAAAUAAUAUGUGCAUUUUGGUGCCUUUUGGGAAGACUUUCAUUGUUGUAAACCCUCUGGUGUGCUUAGAAUGCUUAAUUCUAUCCCGAGAGCAAUAUUUGCCGUAUAAAUGCACAAAUGAAGCUUCUGAGGGUCAGUACCUCCAGGUCUGCAGCCUUCCACCACCUGUUCUCAAGAUUAAAGGACAUGUUUAGACUUGACUUUUUCAAACAGUUCAAAACUAUUCUGGAUUUGUUUGGAUGAGGCACAUAGCAAACAUACAACUAGGCUAUUUCUAAUUAGAAGGUGGGUUUGUGCUACAUUUUACCUAUUCAAAUAUGAAUUAAAUACUAUAUUCUGCAGCUGUGGUGAUAAUAAGAAGUAAUAACUAGUAGAUAAACGUAAAGGAGUGCAUAGCCAUGAAGUGCAAAUCAAACAAUACAUGGUUUUCAACAUUUGUGACAGUAGAAAAUCUGCAAAUUGUUGCAUGCAUUUGUAUUCAGCCCCCUUGGUUAGUACCUUGUAGAACCUCCUUUCAAUGCAUUUAAAGCUGCAAGCAUGUCUCUACCAACUUUGCAUAUAUAGAGACCAACAGUUAAAAUUUUUAAAGUCUUGCCACAAAUUCUCUAUUGGAUGCAGGCCUAGAAUUUAACACACAUGAAUAUGAUUUGAUCUAAACCAUUCCAUUGUAGCUCUGGCUACAAUGAAUGUUUGGGGUUUCUGUCUUGCUAGAAGGUAAACAUCCGCAACAGUUUUAUGUAUUUUUGCUGCCUCUAGUAGGUUUUCUUCCAGGAUUGCCCCGUAUUUAGCUCCAUCAUUAUUCCCAUCAACUCUGACUUCAUCCUCAUUCUUGCUGGAGAAAAGCAUGCCACGUCAGAGUGGGGAUAGUGUGUUUAGGGUAAUGUAACACGGUAGUUUUCCUCCACUCACAGGGUUUUAAAUGUAUGCCUAAAACAUUCACACUAGUUUCAUGUACUGAGAGCACUUUCCUCCUUCCUAAUUGUUGGCCAUGUCCUCUUCAUGACCUUUGACAAACUUUAACUGAAUUGUUUUGGGGGAACUGUUUCCAUUUGUGGAUGAUGAAUUGAGCCGUACUUUAUGAAAUAUUGUAAGCAUGGCAUAUUGCUUUGUGCCAAUUGCUUGCACUGGAUUGUAUUUAGAUAUCUGAAAACAAAUGCAUGCCACAGUUUUAGAAUCUCAUGUGUAAAGGAUUUUGAAAGCCAUAAUGUCAAUUUAUUUUCACUCUGCUUUGCGGUGGUCUGUCGCAUAUAAACCCAACAGAAUACGCUCCAGUUCGUGACUGUAAGGCAACAAAGAGUGAAAAAGCUCAAGAGGUGCGCAUAUUAUAGUUCUUGUGUGUGUCUUCAAUGUCAAAACAUUACAGGUGAAAAGUUUUGUUGCUUGUGUAGAGGCAGGUAUACAGCAUUCAGUUACAUGUUACCAGGGCAGGUGCGCUGCACGAAGCAUCUUUACAUCAGCUGUUUACAGCUACCUACACAGCAAACAACGAAGAGCUGCCAGAAUGUUGCAUCAUCUGUGCGUGUUUUGGAGGUGCAGCUUCUCUCUAGCACAGGCCCAUUGUCAUGCAGGCAUUCAGGUAACGGAUCCAGUCGUCACUCAAACGCCUGAUGGCUGCUCCUAUCUGGCCCGACGGUGACUGAUGACCGGAGUGGGAAAUGGAGGGGCGUGUGUGCCAAAAGCAGACGAGUGUGUUACACCAAAGAGGAAGAGAGGGAAGAAAGAUACCACCCUGACUGUGGGGUUGGUUAGCCGUGUUCACUGACCAUGGCUGUGAGCCACACUGGAGUCACUGAGCAUCACAAGGACAGCAGUCUUGACCUGAUGGAUCAGUUGUUACAUGAACAAGAUGACAAUAACACCAGAAUAGAAAUACUGCAUGUCAUAUUUCUGAGACAUAAAUCAGUGGCUUAGAAACUUUUCCAUCAAGAGAUGGAAGAACCAAAGUAAAGUAUAUCCCUGGUAUUCACCAGUCAUCUGCAAAGAACUAAGAUCUGUGAAUACUUGGGAGACCUUCUAAAAAUCCUUAUAACAGCCUAAUUUAAUAGUUCGAACAUCAAAUAAACCUUAAUAUGUAUUGGUAUGCAGAGUGGAAACCAUCUUGGCAGAAUCACAAAAGCUAACAUCUUUAGUUUUACUUAUCUUGGCCGUUGAGGUACAGCCAAUCAGCACCUGAAAAAAAAGGUGCUCUAGGAUUGGCUGCUUUAUCAACAUCAUGUCAAGGAAUAUUAUCCCGGAUAUUUCAAUUUCACACGCUCCAUUUUAUUUGAAUAUUUUAGAAAUGGCUUUCCGAAAACAAUCUGCAAAUGGGCAAAUUUUCUGUGAAUAAUUUGGAGUCAUGCUCCACAGGAAAAUAUACAAAUACUGAACUGCAAAUAGGCCGGGGUUCACUGCGUAUAAAAGUAUUGCUAAGUGUAUUAACAAUUCACCACUGCUAUAUAAAAUCAAUACUUGGAUGAUCAUAAGUCUAUCAUGUACUGGGUUGUCUUAUGACAAAACUCAACAAAAGAAAUUUGAUUAUUUUCAAGAAAGCACCCAACUGGUGAAAUGGGAACACACCGGUGAGAAGCAUGUAUUUAAUUAUGGGAGUGGUCUAAAUUCUUAAUUUUGAAAUGCCUCUGUAAAGUUAUAUAAUGUGUGUUCCAUGUUUUUAAGAAUCCGGCAAAAUAAGAUUGUAUAUGUACACUUGAA